UCUACAGCGGCAGCAGCUUUUCCAGUCAGGAGCUUUUCCUAACCUGACGUUCCGGCUCCCUCCCAGGACAGUUUUACUCUUCUGACAGCUUUCAACACACCAGAGGACUGCUUAUUGAAAAAAUGUUUGCAUCAGCUGUGAAUCUCAUUGCAUUGGUGUAUUUGUGCUCUCUCCGUCCUACUUUUGGACAGGACUGCCCAAAUAGACAGGAAAUCCUAGGUACCCUGAAGCAGGUCCAGAAGCUAUUGUCUGCCCAUGAAGCUUCCUGUUUGCAGAGUCUACGCAACCUGAGAAAGAAAAUAAAUUCACUGCAGAGCAGUGCGGGGAAGCAGAUCGCAAAACCAGUAAACAGUACCUGCCCAAAACUGGAUGGACCCAUUAAUGGGAGGAAACUUGGCAAAUCCCACAGCGUUGGCCAUGAGGUCCACUUUCUGUGUGACCAUGGAUAUGAAAUUGUGGGAUCAGAAAGCAGGGUUUGUCAGGAAAGCCUAACCUGGACUGGCCAGCACCCAACAUGCCGAGACUUCAGUGAGUGCGCAUCAUCUCCCUGCCUGAAUGGUGGGACGUGUGUGGAUAAGGUGAACAAGUUUUCGUGUGUCUGUGCCAAAGGUUGGGCUGGAGAGACCUGUCAAAGCCCUGUGCCAACAUUCUUCAUCACCAGGACAAACACUUCUGCUGGCUCUGCUUCAGCUGCUUCCACCUUACCGGCUGCCACAGCUGGGCUGCACGUUCGUCCGUCACGCUGCACUACAGUGCAGGGGACCACCCACUGCACCUGUGAGCAGGGAUACACCAUCUCUGCCAGAGACAGCUACAGCUGCACUGACAUAGAUGAAUGUGAGGUCUUCCAUAACGGACCUGCGGGAAAAUUGUGUUUACAUAAGUGUAUUAACACCGCUGGAGGCUAUCGCUGCUCCUGUCCUGCCGGGUAUAAUGUUACUAAUGGACGCAGCUGUAAAGAUAUUGAUGAGUGUGCCACCAGGCAGAACAACUGCACAAAGGAUCAGAUGUGUGUUAACACAUACGGUGGCUUCCAGUGUGUCCAGGUCGACUGCCCCAAAAUCCCUCAUGCUACAUAUGUCAAAAUAUCACCCACGCGUUGUGAACGCAACCCCUGCCCUUUGGACAACAGAGCCUGUUCUCAGACCCCAAACGUCUUUUCCUAUCAUUACCUGGCCGUUGUGUCCAACCUGUCCGCCCCACGCGUCAUGUUCAGAAUCUCAGCCCAGAGGAAAUUAGGCGACAUGCUUCGCUUCACUUUGCUAGGGGGAGGUCAAGCGCGCCGCCACUUCACAGUUCAGCGUUCAGACCAUCAGACGGGUCAGCUGAUGCUGGUGAGUCCCGUGCAGGGCCCCGUCACUCUGGAGGCAGAGGUGGAGAUGAGUGAGCUGGAGAAAAGGGUCCAGCUGGGAAGGUACCUCACCAAAAUCACCAUGUUUGUUUCCCAAUAUGAAUUUUAAAACAGUUAAAGAAAUAUAUUUCACAAAGAUCUAGACGAAUGUAGAAGUUGAAAGGCAAACAGAAAAACAGCACUUACAUGAAGCUGAGCAAGAAAGAAGUAAACCAUCUAUUCUGAAUUAAACUAUCAAGCAUGCUGUGAUUAUACUGGUGAUCCACACAUGAUGUAUUUUGCCUUCCUUAAAUGCUGGUCAUAAUACUUGUGUGAUAGACUGUCGUAUUUGUACCAUGGUGCCAUAAUUAAAUAUCAAAUAAACAA